UUGGCUGCUACCUAUUCAUUCAGCCAGCCAGUCAGUCACCUAAAAUGGCUGGAGAGACGAGAAGGUGGAGGAGGCGCCGGAGGUGAGGCGCGCAGCUCCCUCGGGCCGCCUCCCCGCGGAACAGCGGCCAGCAGCGGCUCCCGCCUCCUUCGCUCCCGCCGCUUGUCCUUUCUCACCUUUGGUUUUCGUGCGUAAUUCGAAUUAAAUGACACGCUCUUUCUCACGAGCCCGCCGCACUUUCCAGCUCUGAGCCAUGUCGGCCGGCCAAGACGAGAGCUCCGUCCGGGUCGCUGUCAGAAUCAGACCUCAACUAGCCAAAGAGAAGAUUGAAGGAUGCCAUAUCUGCACAUCUGUCACACCUGGAGAACCUCAAGUGUUCCUGGGAAAAGAUAAGGCCUUCACCUUUGAUUAUGUAUUUGAUAUUGAAUCCCAGCAAGAAGAUAUCUAUAUACAGUGCAUAGAAAAACUGAUUGAAGGCUGCUUUGAAGGAUACAAUGCUACCGUGUUUGCUUAUGGGCAGACAGGAGCCGGUAAAACAUAUACCAUGGGGACUGGAUUUGAUGUUAACAUAAUGGAAGAGGAACAGGGCAUUAUACCACGAGCUGUAAAACACCUGUAUAAAUGUAUUGAAGGAAAAACACAUGCAGCUAUUCAACAAGGGGUUCCACCUCCAGAAUUUAAAGUGAAUGCUCAGUUCUUAGAGCUUUACAAUGAAGAAGUACUUGACCUCUUCGACACAACGCGUGACAUGGAUUCAAAGAACAAAAAAUCAAACAUAAAAAUCCACGAAGAUUCAGCGGGUGGAAUAUACACGGUGGGGGUCACAACACGGACUGUAAAUUCAGAAUCUGAGAUGAUGCAGUGUUUGAAGCUGGGCGCUUUAUCUCGAACCACUGCCAGCACUCAGAUGAAUGUUCAGAGCUCACGUUCACACGCCAUCUUCACUGUCCAUUUGUGUCAAACGAGAGUUUGCCCUCCAAUUGAUGCAGACACCAUGACAGAUAACAGAAUGAUAUCGGAGUCAUCUCAGCUAAAUGAGUUUGAAACCCUUACUGCUAAGUUUCAUUUUGUGGAUUUGGCAGGGUCUGAACGAUUGAAGCGCACAGGGGCCACUGGGGAGAGAGCGAAAGAAGGGAUUUCCAUCAAUUGCGGACUAUUGGCGUUGGGCAACGUAAUAAGUGCACUGGGAGAUAAGAGCAAGAGGGUCACUCACGUCCCAUACAGAGAUUCAAAAUUAACACGACUCUUGCAAGACUCUCUUGGAGGAAACAGCCAAACCGUCAUGAUAGCCUGCGUAAGCCCCUCAGAUAGAGAUUUCAUGGAAACCUUGAACACUUUGAAGUAUGCAAACCGGGCACGAAAUAUCAAGAACAAGGUGAUGAUUAAUCAGGACAGGGCUAGCCAGCAGAUUAAUGCUCUGCGGAGCGAGAUCACGCGGCUCCAGAUGGAACUCAUGGAGUAUAAAACGGGCAAAAGGAUUAUUGAUGAGGAAGGUAUGGAAAGUGUUAAUGACAUGUUUCAUGAAAAUGCCAUGCUGCAAACAGAAAACAACAACCUCCGCGUCAGGAUAAAGGCAAUGCAAGAGACUAUUGAUGCACUGAGAGCCCGAAUCACACAGCUUGUGAGUGAUCAGGCCAACCAGGUCCUUGCCAGAGCAGGAGAAGGUAAUGAAGAAAUCAGCAACAUGAUUCAUAACUACAUCAAAGAAAUUGAGGAUCUCAGGGCAAAACUACUGGAAAGUGAGGCAGUGAAUGAAAAUCUUCGGCGCAACUUGUCGAGAGCCUCAACACGGCCAACGUACUUUGGUGGCUCCUCUGCAUUUUCUGCUUCCAUGCUUCCCUCUGAUAAAGAGACAAUCGAGAUUAUUGACUUAGCGAAAAAAGACUUGGAAAAACUGAAGAAAAAAGAAAAGAAGAAGAAGAAGAGGCUGCAGAAACUUGAGGAAAGUCAAGAAGAAAGAAGCACUGUUAAAGAGGAGAGCACAGACAAUGAGCAGGAGAAGAGGGAUGAAAAGGGCGCUUCUGAAAGAGAGAAUAAUGAACUGGAAGCAGAAGAAGGUCAGGAGCUUAGUGACCGUGAAGAUGAUGAGGAAGAUGACGAGGAAGAUGAAGAUGACAUGGAAGUUGUUGGAAGCUCGGAUGAUUCCGAUUCUGAUUCUGAUGAAAAAGCAAGCUAUCAGGCAGACCUAGCAAACAUCACAUGUGAAAUUGCCAUAAAACAGAAGCUGAUAGAUGAACUGGAAAACAGCCAACGAAGACUUCAGACCUUAAAAAGACAAUAUGAAGAGAAGCUGAUGAUGCUGCAACAUAAGAUUCGAGAUACCCAACUUGAAAGAGAUCAGGUGCUUCAAAACCUGGGUUCAGUGGAAUCUUGCUCAGAGGAAAAGGCAAAAAAGGUUAAAUCAGAGUAUGAAAAGAAGCUCCAAUCCAUGAAUAAAGAGGUGCAGAGGCUCCAGGCUGCUCAGAAAGAACAUGCACGAUUACUUAAAAAUCAAUCUCAGUAUGAAAAACAACUGAAAAAAUUGCAGCAGGAUGUGGCAGAGAUGAAGAAAACAAAGGUUCGUCUCAUGAAGCAAAUGAAAGAAGAACAAGAGAAAGCCAGGAUGAAUGAAUCUAGAAGAAAUAGAGAGAUUGCUCAGCUGAAAAAGGAGCAGCGAAAACGAGAGCAUCAGCUAAAACUUCUGGAGGCUCAGAAGAGGAAUCAGGAAGUUGUUCUGCGCCGGAAAACAGAAGAGGUUACAGCUCUUCGUCGGCAGGCAAGACCUUUGUCUGAUAAGGUGGCUGGGAGGGCAAAUCGGAAGCUGAGUCUGCCUGAGCAGGCUAAUCACGAACCAAGUUCUAGUGUGUCAUCGGUAGACAAUGAAGGACCGAGAGCAGCGUCACAACAGAAGAUGCGAAUACCCGUAGCAAGGGUCCAAGCACUGCCAGCAGCCACGACCAAUGGAACCAGGAGUAAAUAUCAAAGAAAAGCGAUGACCACAAGAGUUUAUACCUCCAAGGGAGCGAGAAUGAAGUGGCAGUUACUCGAGCGGAGGGUGACUGAAAUCAUUAUGCAGAAAAUGACCAUAUCCAAUAUGGAGACUGACAUGAAUAGACUACUUAAGCAACGUGAAGAACUUACCAAAAGGAAAGAGAAGCUUUCCAAAAGGAGGGAGAGAGUUAUCAAAGAAGGUGGCCCAGAGACCGAUAAAAACAUCCACAACAUCAAUGAAGAAAUGGAGUCACUGGCUGCAAAUAUAGAUUACAUCAAUGACAGUAUUUCUGACUGUCAAGCAAAUAUCAUGCAGAUGGAGGAAGCAAAGGAAGAAGGAGAGAUUCUGGAUGUCACUGCGGUAAUCAAUGCCUGCACUCUAACAGAAGCUCGGUAUCUACUUGACCAUUUCCUUACAAUGGGCAUUAAUAAGGGUCUCCAAGCAGCUCAAAAGGAAGCUCAGAUUAAAGUACUCGAAGGACGCCUUAAACAAACAGAAAUUACCAGUGCAACGCAAAACCAGCUGUUGUUUCACAUGUUGAAAGAGAAGGCAGAAUUAAAUCCUGAACUUGAUGCUCUACUAGGCCAUGCCUUGCAAGACCUAGAUAGCGUUCCGCUGGAAAAUGUGGAAGAUAGUACUGAUGAAGAUGCUCCUUUGAGUAGCCCCGGUGCAGAAGGAAGUUCUUUAUCUUCAGACCUCAUGAAGCUUUGUGGCGAAGUCAAGCCUAAAAACAAGGCCCGCCGUAGGACGACAACCCAGAUGGAAUUGCUUUAUGCCGAUAGCAGUGACCUAUCCAGCGACAUAAGCCUUGAAGUCAUUGCAGACAGCACAGCUUUGGCCGGCCCUCUUCCGCCUGUUGCAGAAGCUCAGGAAGGUGCAGUGAACACUGACCUGAGAGAGCCUGCUGUUAGGGAUAGGGAGGCCUCGCAGGCAGCCUUGCCUUCUAAGACUGGCGGCAUGUCUAGGCAGCCAUCUCUGACAGAAAAGAAACUACCAGAACCCUCACCUUUAUCAAAGAGAAAAACCUACGAGAAAUCUCCGGAUAAACCAAAGUCAAAAGAGCAAAAACACUCAGAUUCUGGAACUUCCGAGGCUAGUCUGUCACCUCCUUCCUCCCCACCAAGCCGGCCCCGUAAUGAACUGAAUGUUUUUAGUCGUCUCACUGUUUCUCAGGGAAACACAUCAGUUCAGCUGGAUAAGUCUGAUGAAAGUGAUUCCUCUCUGUCGGAGGUACACAGAGGCAUAAUCAACCCAUUCUCUUCAUCCAAAUGCGUCAGAUCUUCUCCAAUUCAUUGUAUCCACAUUGCUGAAGGUCAUACGAAGGCUGUGCUUUGUGUUGAUUCUACUGACGACCUCCUCUUUACAGGAUCAAAAGAUCGCACCUGUAAAGUAUGGAAUUUGGUGACUGGACAGGAAAUAAUGUCUCUGGGUGGUCAUCCGAACAAUGUAGUAUCUGUAAAAUACUGUAAUUAUACUAGCUUGGUCUUCACAGUCUCUACAUCUUAUAUUAAGGUGUGGGACAUCCGCGAUUCUGCUAAGUGCAUCCGAACGCUAACGUCUUCGGGCCAGGCAAUGCCAGUUGAUGCAUGUUCUGGCAGUACCAACAGAACAGUGACAAUUCCAGCUGGAGAGAACCAGAUCAACCAAAUAGCUUUAAACCCAACAGGCACGUUUCUGUACGCAGCUGCUGGAAAUGCAGUGAGAAUGUGGGACCUGAAGAGGUUCCAGUCUACAGGAAAACUAACUGGUCACCUGGGCCCUGUUAUGUGCCUUACUGUAGACCGCAUUUCCAAUGGGCAAGAUCUCAUAAUUACUGGCUCAAAGGAUCACUAUAUAAAGAUGUUUGAUGUAACUGAAGGCGCUCUGGGAACUGUAAGCCCUACACACAACUUUGAACCUCCCCAUUAUGAUGGCAUAGAAGCUCUUACUAUUAUGGGAGACAACCUUUUUAGUGGAUCCAGAGAUAAUGGAAUUAAAAAGUGGGACUUGGCUCAAAAAGACCUCAUCCAGCAAGUUCCUAAUGCCCACAAGGACUGGGUCUGUGCUCUUGGACUUGUGCCCGGUUCCCCUGUGCUUCUCAGCGGCUGCCGCGGAGGCAUUCUGAAGCUCUGGAAUGUAGAUACAUUUGCACCAAUAAGCGAACUCAAGGGACACGACAGUCCCAUCAAUGCCAUCUGCACCAAUUCAGGCCAGAUUUUUACUGCGUCGGAUGAUCGGACUGUGAGAAUCUGGAAGGCUCCCUGCAGCUUCGACGGGCAGAUCUCCGAUGCUGGUGAUGCAAGUGAAGAUGUGGCCAGUAAUUAAAGACGAGAGUAGGCACAUGCUUGCAGCUGGGGAGGAAGAAGAAGAUGCAGCUCAGCUGUACCGUUUUAAGUGUGUUGUAUUCUGCUGAAACUGCUGCCCUUAAAGACUGCCUUCUGUACUAUAUUUCAAACACUAGUCUGUUGGUGGUAUGCUUGUCUCACAUAUAACGGCUGGAUUUGUGUGCAUUUAUUAGCUUUGUAAGUUGAACAAACUGGAAGCCUUUCAUCUGGAAUGGUUGUCUCAAGACCUGUAACCUAGGAAAAGAAAGUGCCCUAUGUACCUCACUCUCUGACCCCUUCUGUUCAGCUGAGCUUCACUUUGUGGUUGUAUGGAAUGCGCCAGCAAUAUCUAUUGUCUCAUUUCCCAAGCCUUUAAUGGAAGAGCAGCGGGGGGGGGGGUCCUAAAAAGUUUACUUAUGUUUUGCUGCUGUAAGAAACUAAGACUGGAGCGCAAGGGAGGGGCGGGGUCUUAGUUUGAGACGGAUUACUGCCCUGACUGUGUCAUGCUAACAAUGAAUGCCAUAUGACCUGCGUUAGUUGUUAGCAUUAUACUCUUGCUGACCAAAGUUGCGCAGCUGUGUCUACUCUGUGCUCAGGACUAGAAACUAAAAUGCUGUCAAAUUAUUAACAUUUUAUUAGUGCUCUGCCUACCACAGUAUUCUUACAGGAAAAACCUUAAUCUAUUUUUCUUAUGUUUCCGUCAUCUCACGAUGUUUUAUUUAAGAGAUAAACAAGGUGUCCUUCCUUUUUAACAUACUUUGAUAUGCUGCUAAAUAUAUUUUAGAUAUGUUUGUUGAACCUUGGAGUUAGUUAAAAGAACGGUAGCAACUGUGUCAACAAAGGCCGUGUGUAAAUACAUGGUAUGUAAAGAGAGAGACUAUCUUAACAAUGUGCCUGUGUGGAUUUUUUAAUUGCUGUAGAUUUGAGUGUGGAUAUUGAACAAGAGGGUUGUAUAAUUUAUCCAGUUUUUCAGAACAUUCAUUUGUAAAUUCGGCAAGUUGUAGGAACAGUGUUUUAUUGGGUUUGCUGUUGGGUAGAGGAUAUGAACUUGUAAAUGUACAGCUUGUGAUAGUUGAUGCUUACAUUAAAAACAAAAACAAAAAAACCACACAAUUGAAUGUGAACACUUUCAUUGCCGCUACUUUUGUUUGGCGCCAUACAUGAAGAGAAAUUAACAUGACUAAGUGAAACUGCACAGGACCCAAGUACAAAGAAGUGUGUGGUGUUUUCUAAGCAACCCUGUGGCAUUCAGACUAAAAAGGGUGCUUUGUGGAUUGCGUUGUUAUUCUUUAAUGGCCUUUGUUAAUCCAAAGCAGGGGUAGGCAACCUAAGGCCCAGGGGCCGGAUGCGGCCCAAUCACCUUCUCAAUCUGGCCCGCAGACCAGCGUGUUUUUACAUGAGUAGAAUGUGUCCUUUUAUUUAAAAUGCAUUUGUGGGGCCUGCCUGGUGUUUUUACAUGAGUAGAAUGUGUGCUUCUACUUAAAAUGCAUCUGGGUUAUUUGUGGGGCAUGGGUAUUCAUUCAUUUCCUCCCCCAAAAUAUAGUCUGUCCCCCCCCCCACGGUCUGACGGACAGUGAACCGGCCAAUGGCUGAAAAAAGUUGCUGACCCCUGAUCUAAAGAGUGGUCAUUAAGGGUCAAGGCCUCCCAGUGCCAUUGUAACCCUGGUCAUUAUCUGGAGGUGGAUGGCAGAGGGGAAUACAAAGAAAAUAUCUGAAAUAGCCACCUUUUUAAACGCAGGAACUUAUUUUGAAAUAAAAUUAAUAAUACAGGCAACAAAAGGAAGAAUGCAUGUAGCAAUCAGCUCACUGAUUACUGUCUUUAGUAUAUCAUAGAUAAGGAUGUAUGGCAAUUAAAGCAAAAGUAAAAGCUGGUGACCCCUUGAUCAUUCCUUGAGAAUUGUGAGCUUCGGUAGUCUUGUUAAGCUUUUGCACAUGAACCUUUGAGUCCGCCCCCUGAGGAAACCAUUCCUGUGAAACGGGGAAGAAGCUGGCCACCCGUCAGAUGAGAUAAGAACGCAUGGGAAGAGUUAAGAAUGCAUGAUACAUCAUAGCACUUUACUAUCUGACUUGAUUAUUGCACUAUAUACUGGACUUUUAAGACUUAGAGCAUGAGAUUUUGUACACAUUUUUGAAACUCCUUCUAUAUGUGAAGGUUGUUGGUGCAUAUAUUUUUAAAUAUUUGCACUUCACGGUGGUUUACCUUUUCAUUGUUUUUCUAUUGGAUGCUACUGGAGUCUUCAAACCUUCUGCUGGUGAUGUCUAAUUUGGGCGCCACUUUUUUGUGUGUUUAAUCAUUAUUUUAGGUAUGAAAGGUGUGCUUUUUUGGGGGGGGGAAAUAUGCCAGAUCCCUCCCUGGUGGGCAAGGUACGUUCUGCCCAACUUUGUUUCAAUUCGGUUCAGCGGUUAUGGAGAAAGGCUGUUUCAUCCGCAUGUGCAAUGCCUACAUUUUUAUAUAUGUAGAUAUAAGCAUAACUAAAACCACAGAGAAAUAGGCACAUUAUACAUAAAAAGAAUCCUGGGGAAAGGAGAAAGAACAUUAUAUGUAAGCAAUGACCACAUGGUGAACAAAACAGAAUAUAAAUAUGCAAGCUUAACUUUUAAACUUUGCUCCGGAGAAAAAAUGCGCAACUUAACUAUUACAAGCAGCAAUUGUGGCAGGAAAAGCAAGUAAGAAUUUCAGCAAUUAAUUACUGGUAACUCUAAAUUGUGCCCUGAAACUUCAACCAGUCCAUGUUAGUUCAAAGCUUUACUAUGUAACAGUGAUAAAGCAAAUUGCCUUAAAUAUUAAGACUAGAAAUUAAAAGGAAUAGGGGAGGACUGAAAGGAAAAAUCAAGAUCUAGAGAACAAGGCCCAGAGGAGUCCGGAGAGAAGAGGGGAGGAAAAACCAGAAAAUAAAAUGGUGAGGUUUCAGCAUCACCAAGGAAUAGACUACUGUGCCUGUGUGUUUGUGUGUACAGGAACGCUCAAUCUCUUCAAUAUUGCUCAUGAACCAAGGUUCUAGAUCAG